AUGGGAGCUGACACAGCAUCCUCUGCUACCGCGCGCUGGCUCCAGUGGCAGGCCAAAGGAGCGACCCAGAAGCAGGUCGAGGAGACACUUCCCAGCAGCUUCAAUCUUGAUGGCCCGAUCUACUACCUGCGAGCAGGGAAGUCCGAGGUUGCAGCAUGCUACGUUGGCACAGGUGGAAACUUUCUCCUCCUCGGACCGAAGUGGAACGUAAUCUUGGACUUCAUGGAUCUUUCCAAGCUAAAGGCGAAAGUGAUCGGCUCCACAGUUUGUUUGUUUGGAGGGCAGGACAUCGUUCUGCGACUCUUUUUGCCGACUGUGGAGGAAGCCGAUCAAUGGGCACAGAAACUUAGUGCAGCCAGCUUUCAGCGAGUCUCAGACCAGUACUUGGCACACCUCCAAGCCAAGAUUCAGCAGCAGCAGAAGGCUACGCGAAGGGCAAAGCAGGCAGCCGCCUUCGGCACGUUCAUGGAGUGGCUCUGCUCCUCGUCAGCUCGUAUAGCAGCCGACAUGCGCUUGAAAACCCUUGUUCCUUCGCACUGCGCGCCAGCCGCCAUUGGCGGCGAACACCACGUGUAUCCGGCGCGCUUCUAUAUGAAGCAGUGCAAGACAGAGGCGGCCGGCCGUGUCAGUAUUCAUGGAGACGCUCUCAUCAUGCAGUGGGCGGCGCGGGGUCGGGUCAUGAGACAAGCGGCUGUGCUGACAGGUGCAAGUGCGACGGUUGCCAUGUUCAUGGUCUCGGUGCGCGGAGAGAAUGGCCUCGCCAUGGUCCGCCUGUGGAUGAAUGACACGGAGGAGGCGGAUGAGAUUGCCAAGGCUAUCGAGGAGGCAGCGAAGGCAUCGUCCGAGUUGAUUCACAGGAAGACUCGGCCAGCUGCUUCGACGACAAGGCGGCAAAUGGGGGCUGCAGCAUCGUGCAUUUGCAGCACGGUAUUGGGCGCGCCGAAGUCUGUCCGCAGCAAAAUUGCGAGCUGCUGCACGAGCCAAAUCGUGGUACCGAGCAAGAAGAUCGAAAACGUUGCUAGCGGUGCUCUCCGCAUGGACGGCAAGUGCCACAUCCUCUUCCAGAAAGCUGCAGAGGCAAGGUUCUGCCACUGCACGCUCCGUGACGACACCCUUUGGUUCGGAGACAAAGCAUCCUUCAACGACCAGGUCCUCAGUCUCAUCGGGGCCAGAGCACUUGCUUUCGACGACAUGGUGACCAUCUUCACGCCGAGUGGUGAAACUCACAGGCUAUGGCCAGACACUUCCGCCGGCACUCCUGAGCAGUGGUGCCUGGCCAUUCAGGCCGCAGGCACACAUUCAGCCCACCUGAGCAAGUGGGAGGCGAUGAUCAAGGCCGAGAAGUUUGAAGCCUUCGCCAAGGCUGAGGUGCGGCGCUUGGCUCGCGCUCAGCGAUUUAGGAAUCUCGGAGAGCGCUUGAUCUACCUCCCAGCGAAGCUCACCGGCCUGGUCCAUGUCGAACGGCGUUGUGCCACGGAGGUUCUCAUGGCCUGGCAGCAGUCUUCCAAGUCCUCUCUCCUCGCUGCGAAGAAAGAGAAGUCGGCGAUCGGCGCCUCAGCGGGAAAGAGCCAACAAGCGCGCUUCUUCCGCAGAGCGGAUGCCGGCAGGGCACUGGAAAGGAGCCUGAUGAUCAAGGGAGAUGUGAUCUUUGUUUUCAACGAGGACGGAAACAUGGAGAAGCCGGUUCCUCUGGCAGGUGCCACGGUCUACACGAACCCAAACCAGAAAGUCUGCUCGGUUUGGUAUGACGGCGUGAUGCAGGCACGCAUGUUCGUCCAGUCGGAGGAUGCAGCAGAGAGUUGGGGAGCUCAGCUCGAGGAGGCAUCACUUCUACUAUCGGAUGCCACAGCUCGUCUCAAAGCAACAGCUGCCGAAAUCAAGACUGCCCCGGCUGACGCGCCCAAAGCUGCGCCCAGCGCCGAAGUUACAUCGAUGAAGGUCGUGGCCCCACCGAAGAUGGCUCCUGAGGAACAUCAUUCGUCGCAGAAGCUGCAGAAGACACGCUCCAGAAGAUUUGUCGAAGAGACGUCUCUUGCAAAAGAGGGCGAGGCGACGCCUGUGCCGGAAGCCGCUGUUGGCGCGUGA